UGUCGUCAUCAGACUCUUUUGGCAACUAGAGGACGAGAAAUACGCGACAAGGGUAUGCGGAUCCAGUCCUGGCUUGAUGCGGUGGCCCGCCAAGUAGAAGAAUGCCCGGUGCCCUGCGGCUGGGUGCGAUGCUCGGUCAUCACGGCCUCCAUAGCGAUACUCGGCAUGCUGUUCGUAAUCGUCGUGGUCGGCGGCCGCCACUACGCACGUCUCGGCGACUUCAGCGACGACAGCAUCAUGGCUGUCGCGGCAGUGUACAACCGUCACGUCGAUCCUCCUCUCGGUUACACCCAAGCCGACCUGAACGAGUGCACAUCCGAGGUUUGCCGCUGGAACGCCAAUUACCUCUUCAACAGAAUCCGCAUGCGGGGUGACCCUUGCGACGACUUCUACGAGCACGUGUGUUCAGCUUUCCAGGACACCACGAAAACCCACCAGUUGCCAUACCCGCAGCUCAGCAUUCGGCAGCUGGUAGAAGAUUUGGGUCUUUUCAUGAGCAGAUAUUCGAAAAUCAAGAAUAGACGCAGGCUGUCUGGCGAAGGAAGUUUUCUGGACCAAGCAAUGUGGUUUCACGAAAAGUGUAAAACCGCUCACGGGAACAACAGUGACGGGAAUCAACAGUCAGAUUGGGCGGAAAUCCUAGGCACACUGCAGCUAAGCGCUUGGCCCUACCUCACAUUCGAAGGUGACAUUGUAAACGUUGUUUCCGCUGGAGAUCGCUUCAUGAUGCUGCAAUCACUCUUUAGGUUGAGCGUGCUUCGAAGUAACCGCAAUGACUCUAAGCAUCAGAUUGUACUGAAAGAACCUGUGACGUAUCUAAAACGUUACGCAAGUUGGCCAAGAAAAAAUGUCCUGGAGCGAUACCGAGAUAUAAUUUUCAGCGCAAUCAGCCUCUACAGCAACCCAUUUACAGGCGCUAUGGUUAGCAGGCAAAUAUCGAAACUCGAAAUGAUGCUGCAUAAACUGACUUACCUUGACGGGGUUCCGAUUCACUUGCUUGAAAAAGGCGUGAGUGCAGUAAAUAUGUUGCCCAAGAGCGAAUGGUGGGACUGGCUGAAGUACAUGACGCUUCUCUUCGAUAUGGAGCCAAGUGCUAUGCGAUCUACACUUACAAUCGUAGAGGACCCCGUCUUUUUCAGCCACUUCACAUCUAUACGCAAUUUUGUAGAUUACCGCACUGCCAUAGCCAAUUACGUCGGCUUCAAAGCCAUGGUUACCCUUGCACCGCUGAUGCCACCGGGAUACGCAGUGCUAUAUGAUCUGAGUUACGGCUACGACAUUCCCAGGGUGGAGCCGCCGCUCCUUCCAUGCACGUUGCUGUUGGAAAAGAUGUACCGCUAUGGAAUCGGAAUCGCAGCGAAGCUGACGCUAAGCCGAGAGUUUGCCAACGUCUACCGGCGGCAUCGCGAUGGCCAGCUCAAAGAACUAUUCAACAAGACGCGUCUUGUAUUUCGACAAAUGAUGGGAUCAGGGCAGUCAUGGUUUUCGCCUAGUGACCUCAACCAGGCUUUGCGAAAGCUGGACGCAAUGGCGAUCGCUUUUGGUACGCAGGGAAACUUUGUCCAAUAUGAGAAGUACCGGCGCACACCACCCUUGCCGCUGGAAUCCAAUGACACGUUGCUCGGAACGGCAUUCAGUAUGCUGUCCUACGCGUCCCGCAUAUACUGGAGUGCCUGGAGCACUCGCGCCACAACAGGCGAAGCCUACGACAACGCCUACGACGCAUCCGUGUUCGACUGGGAAUGUGAGUACCAACCCACCAACAACCUCGUGUUCCUUCCGAACUCUAUCGUGGCUUUCCUCACCGCCGUCUCGAACAAGAUCCCUUUCCAGCUGUAUCCCGUAGUUCUCGCUCCCAUCGUUAGGGGUGUGGUUAAAGCUCUGCUCAGGAGUAAUUCGGCCUUCGACGAUGAGGGCCGAGCUUUGAGCAGGAGCUGGUGGAGCGCCGCAUCUGUCGGCGCCAGCGAGAACAUCACCGAGUGCCUUCAGCGCCAGUACCGGGCCGCUGCAGCAGCUGAAAUCGGUGGUGGUCGGCUUUCUGCGGGGAAGUGGAGCGUGGCACGCCGCGAAGAAGCCUUUCUGGACAACGCCCUGCUGGUGCCCCUGUACGAACUCUACAAGCGCGCGCUGAGUGACCACAACGCCACAGGCAUGUUCUAUCAGCUGUCCGAUUCGCAGGUCAGUGCGAGGGAACUAUUCUUCUACAACUACGCGGUGGCAUUCUGCGAUGACGGCGACAGCGAAUCACGCAGCGGGCAGCACUCGAUGGCGAUGACGCCCCGCAAGUGGCGCGUCAACAUCCCGCUCAAAAAUUUCCCGCCCUUUCGAAAUAUAUUUUCUUGCGAUGAUUGGAAACAACCUCAUCUGUACUGUAACGUGUGGAAGGGCUUCAGUUGAAAAGCGAUUUCUGUUACUGGUUUUUCACGACCUUCAUAUGAUUUGGAAACUGAUGAUGUACGUAAUGUUUUCUCAGUAAAUAUUGUACACUCAUUUCAAGGACAGCAGCCCAGUUCGUGUGAUGCGUAGGAGAAGAAUAGAGGUUAAAUAAAGUUGUUCCUGCAGU